CCGCCAUCUCGAUUCAGGGGAUUGGGCGUCAUUAUUCCGUGCCUCCAUCCUCCGAUUUGGAGACCUGUAUUCUGCCCCUCCCCGUCCGUCUUCGCUCAGUAUCUCCUGUAUUUCUACGCGAACAACAGCAGACUGCAGUCGAUAGCACAUUCGCCAUGUCUCUGCAGAUUCCGCUCCGCGAAAGGUCGAACGGCGUUGCUGGCGCAACAAAGGCCGUCAUUCUGGUCGGCGGCGCCUCGCGCGGCACCCGCUUCCGCCCACUCUCGCUCGACGUCCCCAAGCCUCUCUUUGACGUCGCCGGCCACCCCAUCAUCUGGCACUGCCUGACCGCGAUCGAGAAAGUCCCCUCCAUUCAGGAGGUCUACCUGAUCGGCUACUACGAGGAAUCCGUCUUCCGCGACUUCAUUAAAGAUGCGUCGACACAGUUCCCCAACCUGACCAUCAAGUACCUCCGCGAAUACCAGGCCCUGGGCACCGCCGGCGGCCUGUACCACUUCCGCGACGCCAUCCUCAAGGGCCGCCCCGAACACAUCUUCGUGCUGAAUUCGGACGUGUGCUGCAGCUUCCCGCUCAACGAGAUGCUCAAGCUGGCGCAGGAGAAGGAUGCCGAGGCCGUCAUCCUGGGCACGCGGGUCAGCGAGGAGGCCGCCACCAACUUUGGCUGCAUCGUGUCCGACGCGCACACGCGCCGCGUGCUGCACUACGUCGAGAAGCCCGAGAGCUACAUCUCCAACCUCAUCAACUGCGGCGUCUAUCUCUUCUCCACCGACGCCAUCUUCCCGUCCAUCCGCACCGCCAUCAAGCGCCGCACCGACAGGCCGCGCCUUGCAUCCUACCGCUCGUCCGAGAACCUGGCUAGCUCUUUCAUGCUCGACGACGAGGCGGAGAGCGAGAAGAACGAGGUGAUCCGCCUCGAGCAGGACAUCCUCAGCGACAUGGCCGACAACAAGCAGUUCUUCGUGUACGAGACCAAGGACUUCUGGCGCCAGAUCAAGACGGCUGGCUCCGCCAUUCCCGCCAACGCGCUCUACCUCCAGAAGGCCAUGCAGAACGGGUCGCAGGAACUCGCCCCGCCCUCGGCCAACAUCAUCCCGCCCGUCUACAUUCACCCGACCGCGCACGUGCACCCGACCGCCAAGCUGGGCCCCAACGUCUCGAUCGGCCCGCGCGCCACCGUCGACGCCGGCGCCCGCGUCAAGGAAUCCAUCGUGCUGGAGGACGCCGAGAUCAAGCACGACGCCUGCGUGCUGUAUUCGAUUAUCGGUUGGAGCAGCCGCGUGGGCGCCUGGGCCCGCGUCGAGGGCACCCCGACCCCGGUCACGAGCCACAACACAAGCAUCGUCAAGAACGGCGUCAAGGUGCAAGCCAUCACCAUCCUCGGCAAGGAGUGCGCGGUGGGUGAUGAGGUACGAGUGCAGAACUGUGUCUGCCUGCCGUUUAAGGAACUUAAGAGGGAUGUCGCCAACGAGGUUAUUAUGUGAAGUGGCGGAGACAGGGCAAAAGAGCGAUACCAAGUCGUCCUAGCCACCGCCAAGUGACUGCGCUCCCGUGCCCGAUGUUGUCCCAGAGGAGAGAAGACAUGAGACUCCGCCG